CUGACGCCCUCAUCCCCCUCGCGGAUUGGCUGUCGGCCGCGUCCCUCACGGCCCCUCAGCUCGCUGAUUGGCGGUGGCCAGGCAAGGCAGGAGCCAUGGCGGCGGUGGCGGCCCGGGGCGCGCUGCGCUCGCGCUCCCCGCUGCUGGGCUGGGCGCUGAGGACGUCUCCGCGACUGCUCUGUGUGGCGACGCAGCAGAAAAACCCCGGGCAGAAUGUGGAGGAGGAGCAGAGCCAGAGCCCCGGCGAGCAGAAGGCCGAAGCCAGCCCCGCCGAGAAGGUGCUGGGCGAGGAGAAGGCCAGGCUGGAGGAGCAGCUGAAGGAAGUCACCGACAAGUACAAGCGCGCCUUGGCAGAUGCAGAAAACGUGAGGCAAAGAAGCCAGAAACUAGUAGAAGAGGCAAAGUUAUACGGGAUUCAGAGCUUCUGUAAGGACUUACUAGAAGUUGCAGACAUUUUGGAGAAAGCAACAGAAAGUGUUCCAAAAGAAGAAAUUAAGGAUGAAAAUCCUCACCUGAAGAGCUUGUAUGAAGGUCUUGUCAUGACAGAAGUACAGAUUCAGAAAGUGUUCAAAAAACAUGGCCUGCUCAGACUGAAUCCUGUCGGAGCCAAGUUCGAUCCCUACGAACACGAGGCGCUGUUCCACGCUCCCAUGGAGGGGAAGGAGCCGGGCACUAUCGCACUAGUAUCCAAGAUUGGCUAUAAGCUGCACGGGCGUACGCUGCGGCCGGCCUUGGUGGGUGUUGUGAAAGACGCUUAGCUGCUUAAUCAGAGAAUUGAAAAUGCCAUACAAUUAUUAAACAGCUGGAUGGUUUUUCUCUUACAUCAUGCUUCCCUUAUUCCCCUGUCCCACAAGAGGUUUCAAUGAAUCCGUUGAGGUCUCCCAGUCAAAGUGAAGCAAACAAUGAAUUUCUGUUGCUUAGUGGCCUUCAACAUGGGUGUUCUUUAGGCUCUCUUUGAAUAGUUACUACAACCAUGGCUUCUGACAGUGUUACACUGAAAGGAAGUAAAUGCUCACAAGAACCUUGCAAUCUCACAUUUAUCACGGCGUAGAUUGCAAGUCCACACAACGGUUCAAAGAGUUCCUUUUGGGUUUUAGAACCUAAUGUUGCAGAAGCAGGUGAGGUAAAACAGAAGACCAGUUCUCUGCAAGUAUCCAUCAGCUUUUGCAUGCUGAUGGAUAUGUUUUUUUGUGGUUUUCUUUCUUUUUUUUUUUUUUUUUUUUAAGAAUGCCAAUUCAGAAAUAGU